GAGAGAGAGAGAGAGACGGGACUUAACACUCAGUAACAUAGCGGUGCAUGCGUACAAGGAACUCAUUCAGGCGAAGCGGCGCCCAGGGCUUAAAUGAGCUUCGUUUAGUCGCGUCUCUCAGUUCCGCCCCCCGCUGAGCGUCCCACCCAUGCGUCUGUUGGACGCCUCGCACUCGUCAGAGAAGCUGGACCGUUCAUUUACUACCACGAGCUGUCGACGGCGCGGUGGCUGAUGGAUACGUUGGUUUGAUUGGAAUCGGAUGGUCUUCUUUUGGUCGGCGAGGCUUUUGUCUAGUGAUGGAAUUAUUCGCAUCGGAGGAUAGUUGGAUUUUGUGAAGCUCGUCGGAUCCGUACAGAGAUGAGCAGAUAAGAAGGUCCAACGUCGAGGUUUCAUCUGGUGCUUAUUAGCGCACCGCGCGGUAGAGGAGAUGCUCAGAGCGUGGAUUCUGGUCCUCAUCGCAGAGGAGAGCUUCGCUCUGGCCCAGAGAAGCAAAGAGGACCCUAUGAACCACGGGGGUCAGAGCCCGGCGCAGAACGCUUGCGGGCCAUGGGUCCGCAACAUCAACGGGGGGGUGUUCGCCUCGCCCAACUACCCCAACACCUACCCCCCCAACAAGGAGUGUGUCUACAUCCUGGAAGCCCUUCCCAGGCAGAGGGUGCAGCUGGCCUUCGAUAAGAGCUACUACAUCGAGCCAUCCUUUGAGUGCCGCUUCGACCACAUCGAGAUCCGUGACGGGCCCUUCGGCUUCUCGCCGCUGAUCAGCCGGUUCUGCGGGGGGAAGAACCCGGGCCUGGUGACCUCCACCGGCCGCUUCAUGUGGAUCAAGUUCACCAGCGACGAGGAGCUGGAGGGGCUGGGCUUCAGGAGCAAGUACACCUUCAUCGCUGACCCAGACUUCCACCUGCACGUGGGGGGCCUUCUGAACCCCAUCCCAGAGUGCCAGUUUGAGAUGGCCGGCUCUGACGGGGUGAUUCGGUCCAGUCAGGUGGAGGAGCAGGACCAGGUGAAGCCAGGAGAGGCUCUGGACUGCAUCUGGAUCAUCAGAGCUCCACCCCAGUCUAAGAUCUACCUGCGCUUCAUGGAGUACCAGAUGGAGCACUCCAACGAGUGCAAGAAGAACUUUGUGGCAGUGUACGACGGCAGUAGCGCCAUCGAGAACCUCAAGGCCAAGUUCUGCAGCACGGUGGCCAACGACGUGAUGCUGGACAGCGGCGUGGGCGUGGUCCGCAUGUGGGCCGACGAGAAGAGCCGGCUCAGCCGCUUCCGCAUGCUCUUCACCUCCUUCGUCGACCCUCCGUGCUCAGCAAACACGUUCUUCUGCCACAGCAACAUGUGCAUCAACAACUCAUUGGUGUGUAAUGGGGUUCAGAACUGUGUCUACCCCUGGGAUGAGAACCACUGCAAAGAAAAGCGCUACAAGGGGCUGUUCCACCAGAUCACCCGGACCCACGGCACUGUCAUCGGGGUCUCCUCGGGCGUGGUUCUGGUUCUCCUCAUCAUCUCCAUCUUCGUCCAGAUGAAGCAGCCCAGGAAAAAGGUGGUGGCACGGCGGCCUGGCGUCUUCAACAAGGCAGGCUUCCAGGAGGUGUUCGACCCGCCCCACUACGAGCUCUUCUCCCUGCGGGACAAGGAGGUGUCCUCCGACCUGGCGGACCUCUCUGAGGAGCUGGACAGCUUCCAGAAGCUGCGGCGCUCGUCCACGCUGUCGCGCUGCGUCCACGAGCACCACUGCGGCUCGCAGGCCUCGGUGGUUACAGGGGGCAGCUGUGGAGGUGGAGGUGGAGGCAGCAGCAGCGGCAGCAUGAAGCACAGCCGCACCACCCUGAGCUCCAUGGAGCUGUCGUACCACAACGACUUCUCCAAGCCUCCGCCCAUGAAGACCUUUAACUCCACCUCCAGCUACAAGAAGGGUUGCUACGGCUACAAGCAGCACCCCCAGACUCAUGGGUGUGACCAACAGGCGGAGGACCGCGUCCUGGAGGAGAUCCCCUGUGAGAUCUACGUACGAGGGGGGGGAGGAGGGGGGGGUACCGGAGGGGGAGGCAUCGGGGGAGGGGUCGGCCUCGCGGGAGGAUUGAGUAUGGCCAGUGCAAGCAACAUGGUGGGGGGCAUGGGAGGGGGUAUGGGUGGGGGCAUGGGAGGGGGUAUGGGUGGGGGUAUGGGUGGGGGUAUGGGUGGGGGCAUGGGAGGGGGUAUGGCUGGGGGCCUGGGAGGGGGUAUGGGUGUGGGCAUGGGAGGGGGUAUGGGUGGGGGCAUGGGAGGGGGUAUUUCUGGGGGCAUGGGAGGGGGUAUGGGUGGGGGCAUGGGAGGGGGCUGUGGGACCCUCAGUCUCCGUGGCAACAGCACCCGCAACAGCACCAAUGUGGUGGACCAGCAGCGUACGAUGUCCAUGGACUUCUAG